AUGGUGCCUCAACAGCAAAGAAGAAGGCGUCGACGGGCUGUAUUGUCCAAGAAUGCAGAAAGACGGGUCGUAGUAGUUAGAGGAGCUGGUGGUUUUGGAUUUACAAUUGCAGGACAGCGUCCUUGUGUCGUUUCUGCCGUGGCAACCGGUGGACCGGCAGAACGAGCAGGUCUCCGCACUGGAGAUGCUUUACUAGCUGUGGACGGAGCCAAUGUUUCGCGAUCUCCUCACGCGUCCGUAGCUAGGACGAUAGCAGGAGCGGAUGGGCCGAUUGCACUCACAGUUGCACCUAGAGAAUCUCCACCUACCGAUACAGAAGAUACGGAACCAGAAGAGCGUGCUAGAACUCGUAGGAGAUAUCCUCCUCCGCGGAGAAGACCACAGCCUGCUGUGUUGCAUCAUCCAGGUUGUCAUGCUGCUCCUACAACGUCCGGCAUCAGCGAAAUUCUUCAAAACUUAAGUCGCGCUCAGCUUGCGCCAAACCAAGCUGCGCGGUUGGAAUGCCGUGCAGUUGUGGGCUAUUUAGGCACUAUAGAAACGCCUCAAGCUACAGCCAAUUCCGCUCCAGAAAACGUCAGAAAUGCUGUAAGAAAACUUCGUCAAGAAAGACGAGCAGCGACACCAGUCCUUUUAUCAGUUCUUCCUAGUUCAUUACUACUUCGAAGACCAUCGGGACAAGUACUAGCUCAGUAUCAGCGAGAAAGAAUAGUUUACGCUGGUUGUGGUUCUGAAGCUGAUAGGAGAUUCUUUGGACUUGUAACAGCAGCCGAAGUAAGUGACUCGGAAGCUGAAGCGUCUCAUUCUUGUCAUGUUUUUGUGGUUGAUCCGCGAAUGACAGAACACGAAGCGCAUGUAACAAGAGCUAAAGAGUUUCAAAUUAAUUGUACCAGAGAUCCUGUUGCGGAGCGCUGCUUAGAAUUUCCGCCAUCUGCUGAAUACGUCGUGGGAGUUAUACGAGGAAUGUACUCUUUGCCACCUGACGAUUGCGCUAGUCCCGUACUUCAGCAAAUAUCAAAAUUAACUGUGAAAAGUGAUAGUCCAGCCCCAAGUAAUUUCUCACGGUGUAAUAGACCUGCGUUCAGACCAGUCCGCGACAGACGACCUUGUAGACAUGAAGAGAUACGAAUGGAGCCUGAAUUUGUCGCUAACUCUCCCCAACCAAGUAAUCACAGUGAAAUCACAACUACGUCUAGUAAUAGCGACUCAGGCAUUGGUUUCCAUAAUGACUGUAGAAAUAUUGCGGAUAGAAUAUUGGUUGUUGACUUCGCGAAUCAGCAGCCAGUUCCGAAUCGGUAUCAUCAAGAAAUUUCUCGGCCUCUAGGAUUGGUUGGUUGUAGUAGUUUUGACGCAGAUGGAUCCUUUUUAUCAAAUACAACCCCAGUAGUUGAUGGAUUCGGUGGACAGGGCAGGCCAUUGAAUUUGGAUGACGUGAUACUAAACGCGAAUGAUUUGGCAAGGCAUAAUCCUAGAAGCGAGGAUGACAAUUAUAAUUACAAUAAUAUAUAUGGUAAUAUGCCAUCAGGUUCACGAGGGUUCAAUGGUGCAGUAUAUGAUCAGGUAUACACAGAGAAUGAGGGACACUAUGAGUUCAUACCAUCGAAUUUGGAGAUGGAUGAGGUAGAUCGCGUUGGCGAGACUUUUAAUUCUGUGGAGAUUUACGAAGAGCGAGCGAGGCAUCCAGACUACCAUUCUAAUGAGUCGGUGGAAAAUGUGACAGUUAUUUCAGGGAGAAGUAAGAUUAGUAUGGACACAGUAUCUGUAUACUCGUCUCGGAGUCAUGAGGAAGCUCGGCCGUCACGAAGAAAGCAUCUUCAGGCUUCAUUGGAUGAUAUGCUUGUACUUGGACUGCGGGAUCAACCUCAAGAGUCUGAUAAAGAUGAGGGUAAAUUCUUGCAUCCCGGUGCUGUUAAAUGCAAGGUACGCAAAUCUAUCAAGCCGUUUAACCUGUUAUCAAAAACGAAGAAUAUGUUGACGGGCAAGAGUGACAAACAAGAAGAGGACGGUCGGCGUAGGUCGUUAAGCGCAAGCGCAGGCGAUGAAUCACACGUCGAAGAUGCGUUGCCAGCUGCUGCUAGUGAACCCGAUCUAAGAGAUACACAGGUUAGUACUUAA